AUGGCCUCGGCACAACUCCCGCAGCAGCGUCAUGUGGGAUUAUUGCUGUUGGCUCUUGCUCUCGCCAACGGCGAUGGCCCACCUGUGACUACGACCACGACCACCACGAAAGAUCCCUACAUUGGCGGCUGCAACCCGUUCAAUGCCUCUUACAAUCUCUUCGCAAUCACGGCUGCACGACCCAUCCAAGCAAGCUGCUUCUCGGCCUGGAGACUGCACGAAGUGGAGCUGUUUUCCCCAACCGACUUCGCGUUGUAUCCUGUUUAUUAUCAUAUCCCGUCCAAACCCUUUGUGGGCGCAAUUUCGGCGGUGCGUGAUGGGGACUUGAACACCUCUGCGAACUUGGGCUCUGAUGUGGGCGUUGGCUGCACUUGCUGGAACAGCGACAAGAUCGGUUCCACAGGCCUCAUGGUCAUCAAACAGAGGGAACCGGUCGCCCGCAUAAAGCUGACCCAAGGUGGUGAUAGCAUCUACUCCGUGUCGCGGAUGAAAAUCCAGUGUGGGAACAGAUAUGCGCACCCGUCAUAUUUCGAGCAUGUGUAUGAUUAUAGCCCGAUGUUCGUAGACACCUCGAGCACAUCGACGACAAUUACAUGCAAUGCGAGCGGCUGCCUGCUAUCCCAUGAGACUCCGGUCAAUGAGACUGAGUACUGCCCUGGUGCAGCAUCUGCUGGCGUGAGCCAUGCCGGCUUGAGCAAUGAUGUCUCAGUGCUCCUGCUGACGUGUCAGUUGGUUCAGUGGCUUCUUCUGCGGGAUCAAUGGGGUCGAGGAGUGUGA